AUUCCCGCCAUCCCGCCUUCAAACCAGCGUCAGUCCCAGCGUGCUUUGCGCUCCUUCCGUACAAAAACAUGGCAGCGCUCAGGGCCCCUCCCUGAUCCCAGGAUGCACCGGGGAACAGGCCUGGCCGCUCAGGUUGUUAGGAAGAUGGCGUCCUCUGGGGCGGAGCCGCAGAUCCUGGUACAAUACUUGGUGCUUCGAAAAGAUCUAUCGCAGGCUCCGUUCUCCUGGCCAGCGGGCGCACUGGUAGCGCAGGCUUGUCAUGCAGCUACCGCAGCAUUACAACUUCACCGCGACCACCCGCACACCACGGCUUACCUUCGCGAGCUGGGGCGCAUGCGUAAAGUAGUUCUCGAGGCUCCAGAUGAGACCACCCUAAAGGAGCUGGCUGAGACCCUGCAACAGAAGAACAUUGACCACAUGCUGUGGCUUGAGCAGCCAGAGAAUAUUGCCACUUGCAUUGCACUCCGACCAUACCCCAAAGAAGAAGUGAACCAGUAUUUGAAAAAGUUCCGAUUGUUCAAAUGACUGCUGCUUUGAUAUGGUUGAAUAUCAACUGGGCCAGAAAUAGAAUUCCAUUCAUCCCUGAGCAUCAUGUACUCCUUUUACUCUCAGCUUACUCUUUAGUUGUGGUUUCUUGAGAAUCCCACACAUGUUCGAAUUAAAGUUGUCAUUAAUAAGUACUUCCUCCUAUUAUUAGCAAAUAAGGAAAGUAGGUGAACAGCAAUAUUACCUAUGGGCCAUUGUCCAAAUAGAUUUAGUUUGACUCUGGUAUAAGGAAUUGAGGAAACUCACUCACUUUUUUGUUAUGAAUAAUGGAGUUUCCCCCACCCCGCCCCUUACAGUAGGGGAUUGAAUCCAAUGGCACUCUUAACACUGAGCUUUUUAAAUU